GGAAAAAUCUUCCAGAAGAACUUGAAUCACAGAAAAGCGUCGUCUUUCCCAUUGAAGAUCUUUAUGUUGACGAUCCAAAAAAGAAUACAAAAGGCAAUCGUUGAUUUCUAUCAUCUAUAAAUCUAUUUUAAAAGAUUGCACUUUAGGAUAUGAUGUUACAUCUGUGAAAACUCUUUCCAACGCUUCUGAUACUAAGGAUCCAAAAAAGCAAUGUUGCUUCUUAGCAAAAUAUGGGGUUGUGUACAGUUUUCGCGAUCGUACUGAUAUUCAACUCAUGAUUAUUGGCCUUAUAUGCGCUCUAGUUCAAGCUGGUAUUCCGCCAUUCGUAUGGCUAGUAAUGGGCAGUUUUGUAUCAUUGUCCAUUACUCGUGAGAAGGCGAUUUCAUUGUAUGCUGUCGACUACCAUUAUCCUAAACAUCCCAUCACAAACCAUCAAAGUAAAGACUUUCUCGAGUUUCUUGUUCUUUCUUAUAAAAGGUUUUUCCUACGCUUUCAGAGACUGGCAUGGGAAGUGUCUGGCAUUAGACAAGUUUUUCGUGUCCGAAGAACGUAUGUUCGUAAAAUGCUUCACAUGGAUGUUUCAUGGUUGGAGAGCCGACAAAGUGGUCAGAUGGCAACGAUGCUUCAAGAGCAUGCUGAUACGAUUUAUAGUGGAAUUUCAGACAAUAUACCGAUGGUAAUAUUUAUUUCUUCAUAUCUUGUUGUAAACUUGUAUGUCUUUUUAUUCAAUGGGAUGUCAGAUAACCAAGUGUUAUGCGACUUUUUAGUUUUUUCUUUUUACUGCCAAUUUCGCUUUUUUCAGUGGUUUUCGAAAACAAUGGAACAAGAGUUGAUGUUGCAGAAUAAAAUCAGCAAUUUGGUAAAUGAGACAUUCAGCUGCAUCAGAACAGUGAUUAGCUUUGCUGCACAAAAGCAAACUAUUAACAAAUUUGAACGAUUAUCUAUGGAGAGUAAUAAACUAAACGAAUCAAGAUUACGUUCAUCAACUGUCUACGACAGCUUAACGCAGAUCCUUCUCACUGAACUCACUUUUACGGCAGCAUUGUGUUAUGGAAUAUGGCGAGUAGGUGAUCAGUCGGCAGGAAAGCUAGCAGCACUUGCUAUCAAUAUGUUGUACAUGUGUGUGACGUCAAUCUCGAUCGGAUUUCAUAUAAAUGGAGCUUCAACAGCUCGUGAAAAUGCCGCACAACUAAGAAAAAUCCUUGACGAGUCACCGAAAAUCGAAAGAGAUUACGGUUUCGCGGGUGAUAAUCCAAAGCAGUGCUUACCAGCACCCAAAUACCGCCGGCAAAGCAUGAAGUUUAUGGGAAAAGGAGCGUUACAAUUUUGCGAUAUCCACUUUAGUUAUCCGAGCAGACCUGAUGUCGAGGUCUUGAAGGGAGUAACGUUUAGUGUCGAAUCCGGUGAAAAGAUCGCCAUUGUUGGUUCCAGUGGCUCGGGAAAAAGUACACUUACAGCUUUAUUACUUCGAUUCUACGACCCAGAUAGUGGGGCGAUUUUGCUAGACGGUGACAACUUGAAAACAUUAUGUCCUGAUGAGCUGCGCGGUAUGUGCUCUCUGGUUUCGCAGGAACCCGUACUUUUCGAUGGAACCAUCAGUGACAAUAUCCGAUACGGCCGACUUGAUGCUACACAGCAGGAAAUAAACAAUGCCGCCCGCAAAGUCGGUGCUUGGCAAUUUAUUAGUUCGUUACCCGAAGGAAUGCAAACUAGAGUAGGCGACAGAGGUCUACAGCUAUCAGGAGGCCAAAAGCAAAGAGUUGCUAUCGCCAGAGCAGUAAUAAGAAAACCAACAGUAAUGCUAUUUGAUGAGGCGACCUCGGCGUUAGACAAUAUUCAUGAGGAAGAGGUCCAACAUGCGAUUGAUCUUGCUUCGGAAGGUCUCACUACCAUAACAAUAGCUCAUAGGCUAUCAUCGGUGAGAAAUUGUGAUCGUAUUAUUGUUUUGGACGAAGGUAGAAUUGUUGAAGAGGGACCACCUGAUGAGCUUCUGGGAAAGGAGGGCGGAAGAUUUCAAAAACUUUACAAUGAUCAACGGAUUGAUUUACUCGUACACCAGCAGCCUCUUAAGCCGAAUCUGGUGUCAACGGCCUCGCUUAACGCCAAUUCAAUUAGACGAGCUUGGAAUCGUUGCUCACUUGGAAGUCAAACUCAGAAGCUUGGAAAGUCGUACUCAGUUUUGAGUCAGGAUAGGGAGAAACUUGCACUCCCUGUUAUGAGCAAGAAGAGAUCACAACGACUGGACUACAAAUAUUCUUCUGUGGGAAGAAUGGACAUUGAAGUAGAUGUUAUCCCACCUAACCUUCUUCUUAUUCAUAUUAUUCAUUCGACAAACUUUAAAGCUGUAUGGAAACUUAUUGCGGACUAUCGUGAGGGUUAUUCGCUACUUGGUUGCGCUAUUCCAACAACGAUUCUCAGGGCUUUCUUUUAUCUACUGAUUUGUUUUGAAGUCGCGUCAGUUCUAGAGAUUACUAUAGUCCCACCCGAAAAUCGCACUGAACAGAUUUUCAUCGUGGCUGCUGUCUAUACAGCAUUAAUCAUCAUCAAAACCAUGUUUGAAGCACUCGGCCGACUAUUUAUCGCCCUAUAUGGUAGCGGUUUCUGCUCUCAUAUGAGGACUACAAUGUUCAGGAAAAUCAUGAGAAAUGGAUGUGCAUACUUUGAUGAGGAGCGAAAUAGUCCUGGUCGUAUUUUACAUAGAAUAAUAAAUGAUUCUUCUACAUUGAACAAAAUCAUGGAAGCAAAACUCGACAUACUCAUACCAGCGAUAAUCUGUCCAGUGUUCUCAUUUGCUGCAGCCAUUUAUAUCAAUUGGAAAAUGGCAUUAUUAUGUUCGUUCCAAUUUCCAGCUUAUUUUAUUAUUCGAAUCGUUCAAAUCAAAGAAGGAACAAAAAGGCAAAGAGAAAUGGUCGAGGAGGAGAACAAAGCGGCAAAUUUGGCUACGGUUGUUUUGUCAAAUAUGAGCACAAUCAAAGCCUACAAUCUUCAAGAACACUUUUAUUCUAUUUUCGCUCAAACGUUGGAACCGUUGGCUCAAGCAAUGAAACGCCAGUCGAUGAUUUCUGCUUUCAUAUUCGCUUGUCAAUACUCGUUUACAUACAUUCUCAUCGCUAUAACUUUGUACUUUGGAAAAGUGCUGAUGCUUGACAAUGAAAUCACUGUGUUCGACUACAUGAGAGUUGUACUUCUUACGCAAAUUGGUGCAAAUUUCUUCUCUCAGCUGGUCGCCUCGGUUUCGGAUUUAUCAAAGGCGCGUAUUGCCGCUGAGAAUGUCGUUUCGGUGCUAAAAGAAUCGGCUACUGAUAUAGAUAACCUUAGCGAAGAAGGACAACGACCUAAACUCGAAGGAUCAAUUACUCUCCAAAAUGUGUCCUUCCGUUAUCCUUCUAGGCCUGUGGUACCUAUAUUGAACAAAUUGAAUUUGAAGGUAGAAGCUGGCCAGUCCGUUGCACUUGUUGGUCCUUCAGGAUCCGGUAAAAGUUCGAUUAUAUCUCUUAUUCAAAGGAUGUACAACGCGACGGAUGGUGAUGUGUAUUUGGAUAAAUACAAUGUGAGAUCUAUCAAUCCUGCUUAUCUUCGAAGGAUGGUAGCAGCUGUAGGACAGGAACCAACGCUAUUUUCCUUCACCAUAAAAGAAAACAUUGCCUAUGGUAUGACGGAAAGUGAGGUGACUAUGGAAAAAAUUAUUGAAGCUGCUAAAAUUGCAAGUAUCCAUGACUUCAUUCAAUCUCUGCCACAGGGUUACGAUACCGAAAUCGGCGAGUUCGGUGCUCAACUUUCUGGUGGUCAAAAGCAGAGAAUCGCCAUAGCUAGAGCAAUUGUUCGACGACCAGUUGUACUACUCCUUGAUGAAGCCACUGCCGCAUUGGACAGUACAAGUGAAAAGGUAGAGCGUACUGGAAAGACAUGCACAUGCAUACAGAUUGCACAUCGGCUGUCGUCAAUAAGAAGUGUGGAUAAAAUCUACGUUCUUGUCAACGGUGCCAUUGCUGAAGAGGGUAGUCACGAUACACUAAUCGCUAAACGAGGCAUCUACUACGAAAUGACUCAAUCGUCGUGA